AUGAAGACUUCAAACGCUUUGAUCCAACAACUGCUCAGGGCGGAGGAGGAAGCCGAGCAAAUUGUACACAAGGCAAGAGAAAAUCGUGUUCGGAUGUUAAAAGAUGCCCGUGCAUCCGCAGAGGAGGAGCUAAAAGCAUUUCGCCAGAAGGAGGAGGAGAGGUUCAAAGUUGAAAUUGAACAGCGCCUCGGCCAGGACGAUUCCCUGACAAACGAGCUCGCAGAUAGGACGAAGGCGGAUAUAGAAAUAAUCAAGAAAGAUUACAUGGCAAACAAGGAUGGAGUCCUUGCAUUUAUCAAUGGAAAAGUGCUAGAUGUGGACACUGUUAUCGGCCCCAAGAAAGUCGCCAUCCUGCGCAAUUACGCAGAGCGCGGAGUCGACCCAUGA